GGAAAUAAAUCCAAGAUCCAAGAUUUUUCAUUUUUGAUUUGUCUACUUGAAUGGACACUAAUUGAGCAGCUAUGGCCGCCCGAAAUCCUGGAACUGAUUUGGAUCUAAUGUGGGUUGAUUCUGUAAGGGUCAACAAACCUGCUGUAUUCAAAAGAGCAAAUGAGAUCGGGACAAGAAGAGGAGUCAAGAAAAAUUAUCAGGUUGCAUGGUUGUUGAAGGCAGCAACAUGCAUCGACCUGACAACUCUAUCAGGAGAUGACACUAUUACCAACGUUCAGAGGCUUUGCUUCAAAGCAAAGAACCCUAUCAGAAGGGACCUGCUAAAUGCUGUGCAGAUGCAACACAGAGGUCUCACAGUAGGAGCUGUAUGUGUGUAUCCAUCUAGAGUGUGUGAUGCUGUGAAUGCUCUCAAACAGGCUGGUGCUCCUCAGAUCCCAGUAGCUUCAGUUGCAACAGGUUUCCCUGCUGGCCAGACACCCUUCAAAACAAGACUGGCUGAGAUUCAGAUGGCUGUAUCCGAUGGAGCAAAGGAGAUUGACAUCGUCAUCAACAGAGCAUACGCACUGGCUGGAAACUGGAAAGGUGUCUAUGACGAGGUGAGGUUAUUCCGAGAAGCUUGUGGUGAGGCACAUCUUAAGACCAUCCUGGCGACAGGUGAACUUGGGACUUUGGUCAAUGUUUAUAAAGCCAGCUUAGUUUGCAUGAUGGCAGGCGCUGAUUUCAUCAAGACAUCAACAGGGAAGGAAGCAGUUAAUGCUAUUCUACCUGUUGGCCUGGUGAUGGUCAGGGCUAUCAGAGAGUACUAUCAUAGGACAGGAUUUAAGGUUGGUUUCAAGCCAGCCGGAGGAAUCAGAACAGCGAAGGAUUCUUGUGUCUGGCUUGCUCUCAUGAAGGAAGAGCUUGGCAACGAUUGGCUGACUCCAGAACUCUUUCGUUUCGGAGCAAGCUCACUCCUCCUUGACAUAGAGAGACAGAUCUACCACAACGUAACAGGGCGCUAUGCUGCUGCUAAUGAACUUGCUAUGGGAUAAGGGUCUUUAUCAUGUGUUUGUUUCAUAUAUGUGAAUAUAUCUUGUAUUAUCACAACCUUUUUUAGAUCAGGAAUAAAUAAUACCUUCAUUUUCAUCAGUACUCUUUGGUUUAAAUCAAAUCUGCUACUGAAUAUAUAUUUUUAAUUUCCCCUAUUUUUUAAGAAUUAUUGAAAAAUUUAGAAUCAGAAACUUUACUACAUGAUAUUUUGUCGAUAGUGGCAUACGUUUCUAGGUAUGGUGGAUCUGGACCACUCUCAACAAUUUUGAAAGCCUUAUACAGGGUAAACUUUUUUCAGACUUUAAAGUAGUUCCUAAAGAUUGGUCUUAUUUUGGGCAGAAAUGGAUGUCAAAGUACGUUAUAUUUCAGCCUUUAAAGGGAAAGAUCAUGUAAUGAUCAGGACUAAUGCCGAACUUAAUGCAUUUUUAUCUCAUUUUUGUUAUGUUUAGCAGACUUUUUGCCAUUUCAAUAAUUAAUCACUCCUAACAUUAAUGUGUCCUUUUGAAUGUAACUUUAAGUACUGGUAAUGACAGAAAAUAGAAUCUAGCCAAACAUAUCCUGUAUAGUCAAUGCUAAGUAAAUAUCCUGUUUUGUCAAAGGAUGGUUAUCUACCGUCCAAUUGUCCCAGUCAUGGAUUAUAUGAAAACGUGUGUACAUACGGUUUUAAUCUGAGUAAAAGGGCAAUUGUCUGUAUUAAGAUCUUGAGUGGGUCUAAGUCUUCCAUUUUGAAAAGAAGCAAUCCAAAUAGUCUUGAAAGACAGUUUUCUUAAAUAUGAAUUUUUGUUCUUUGAAAAUUUGUGAACAAACUUAUUUGUUUUUAAUUCAUCAUAGUGAAUAGACUUGAAGUAAGCCCUAUUACAGAUAUCAUAAAAUAGUUUUUAGUGUUUUUCCUGAAAGCAUUGAUACGGUUUAUCCAAAUCCAGAUUUGAAUAUGUUAAAUUGAUAUAGAAAACAUUAUUAGAUGCUUAAUAUGGUUGUUUCUAAGUGCACAAAUACAAUACUAAGUCUGCAAAAAGAUGGCCAGUUAUUACAUCCAUGUAUAAAUGUAUAUUAUGUAGGAACCAGUAUAAUCAUAUUUUUAUGAAUUUCGAUCAUGUACCUGUUCAUGUAUAAACAAAAAGAAAAUUGCAGUGCAUCUAAUUUUAUACCAUUUUGAUGAAAUCAUUCAGGUGAAAUAAAUGGUUUGUCAAGCAUCAACAAA